AAUCGACAGAGCUGAAGCUGAGCUGAAUUGAUUUGUCCUGAUCUCGAAAAUAACAGUAAAUUGAAAGGAACCAUGUCCAAAGAAAAUAGGAUAACCUUGACAAGUAAGGAUGGCAAUGAACAUACGUAUGAGAAUGAUGAUGAAUCUAUCUCACCAAAAAACAAUUUGGUGAAGGCUGUGGUGGAGUAUGGCAACUGGAUUAUCUACAAUACUCAAUUUGAUCUCCCAAAAAAGUAUAAAUUCGUUACACUAUAUGGCGGUAAUGGCUUUGGACAGAUCGACAACGGAGCAACGCCAAUCACUGCUGUAAAAACCAUCAAUUUUGUUGCGGAUGGCAUUUGCUUGUUUGAACACGACCAUUUUUGGGGGAAAAAUUACACCUAUACAGACACAUCAUCUACUGAAUCCGAAUUUCCCACUGGGGAAGGGAUGAAAGGUGUGGCUUCGAUCAUUGUAUUUGGAGGCAGUUGGAAAUUGUACGCAACAGAUGGAAAGACGAAGACAAUUUCUAAGAGCGAGAACCCAGAUGUGUUGGCAAUUGGCAUAAGUCCCAACACAAUUUACAAAGUGGAAAAACUUUAAAUGGGCUGUGAAAGC